CACACGCCCAGUCAUUUGCGACUCUUCCUCUCGUCAACAUGUCCCCAAUUUUCCUAAUUUUCAUUAUUAUUCCGGUGAUUUUCUCCCGGAGUUUCACUCACGAUGAACUCGAUACCGACUUGAGUUUCAUUAAGACGUGUAACCGAACCUCCCCUAUCAGUAUGAGAACAAUGAAUGAGGUUUUAAUCAACAAGAAAUUGGGUUAUGGUGAGUCUAGUGCUUUCAAAUGUUUCCUCCACUGUCUUUUUAUGAAAUACGGAUGGAUGGACAGUGACGGGGGGUUCCUCCUCCACGAUAUAAAACAGACUUUGGAGGAGUCUGAUGUGGAGAUUGCCAGUUUGGAGUUUAUUUUGUACAAAUGUACAGCCACCGAGUCGAAUAAUCGAUGCGAAAGGGCUUUUGUUUUCACUCAGUGUUUUUGGGACAAAAUGGCUGAACAACAGCCAUCUGAAGACCAGUUUUUCUACAACAUUGAAGAUAAGAAAUGACUAUCACUACCUACAUUCGACAGGAAGUUCCAGAGGUGAACGAACUGAUUACAACUUGGUUAGUUAUUAUAUUAAUUAAAAAUAACAAAUAAAAUUUUUAUAAUUUAACAAUUA